AUGUUGGGUUUGAAUUACUGUACUUGGUUUAAAUUGCAGUGGGUGGAUGUGUUGAGGUCGUUUCUGAAAGAAGCUGAGUGGUCGAGAAACAAGAGUGUGCCAAGCAUGGAAGAGUAUGAACCAAAUUCAAUAGUAUCAUUGGCUAUGGGAGUGAUCGUCCUUCCAAGUCUUUAUCUAAUGGGGCCUCAACUUCCCCAGGAGACUAUCGAAAGUGAUGAAUACAAUCAACUCUUUCAUAUCCUUAGCUUUUAUGGCAGAUUACUCAAUGAUGUCAAUGGCUACAAGAGGGAAAAAGAGCAAGGAAAACUGAACUCAGUUGCAUUGCAAGUGAUUCAUGGGUCAAGUGAAGAAGAGAUCAUAAAGAAGAUGAGAGUGAAGAUUGAUGAGAAAAGAAAAGAGCUUCUGAGAAAAGUUUUGCAGAAAGAAGGGAGUGUGGUUCCAGGAGAAGUCAAACAAGUUUUCUGGAAAAUGGCCAAGUUGCUGACCUUGAUUUACAAGAAGGAUGACGUCAUGCACGAAAAUGAAAUGCCUCAGGAAAUGUUCAGCAUCAAAGAUGCAUUGCUUGGAGAUCCCAUCGUUUUUAAUUGA